UACCACGUCCAGAGUCCCUGCACGCGCGCUCGCACGAGAACGUUUGCACAGAACGGGCUACUGAGCUUUCUGGAAGUCCUGAACCUCCGAAAUGGCAACUGAAGUUUUUGAUAAACAGAAAACCAUCGAUCUGAGAAAGAAAUAUAUUGGGCGUGGAGAUGUGGACAUGCUACUAAAGCAAUGUCCAAAGUAUUAUAUCAGAGAGGACAGUAUAUGCUGCAAUUAGUCCCUCCUGCAAAGUCUUCUUCAACCAUGACCCCAUCAAAAUUAUACGAGCCCGAGGUCAGUACAUGUACAGUGAGAAAGAUGAGCAGUAUCUGGACUGCAUCAACAACGUUGCCCAUGUUGGACACAGUCAUCCAGAGGUUGUUAGUGCAGGGACCAAGCAGAUGGAGCUCCUGAACACCAACUCCCGUUUUCUGCAUGACAACCUUGUGCACUAUGCACAGCGCCUCCAAGCCACUCUGCCUGAAAAGCUCUCUGUCUGCUACUUCGUUAACUCAGGCUCUGAAGCCAAUGACCUGGCCUUGAGAUUGGCUUGGCAGCACACUGGUCACAAAGACAUCAUCACGCUGGAUAAUGCCUAUCAUGGCCACGUGUCCUCGCUCAUUGAUAUCAGCCCCUAUAAGUUUCACCAGCUGGGGCAGACGGAGCAGAGCCAACAUGUGCACGUGGCUCCAAGUCCAGACAUCUACAGAGGAAAAUUCAGAGAAGACCACCCAGACCCUGCUACCGCCUAUGCUGAUGAAGUUAGAGACAUCAUCGAGAAAGCGCAUGCAAAAGGGCAUAAGAUCGCUGCUUUUAUUGCCGAAUCCCUGCAGAGUUGUGGAGGGCAGGUUAUCCCCCCGGUGGGCUACUUCCAGAAAGUGGCACACCAUGUGAGAAACGUGGGGGGUGUCUUCAUUGCUGAUGAAGUGCAGGUUGGUUUUGGAAGGGUAGGCAGCCAUUUCUGGGCUUUUCAACUGCAAGGGGAUGAUUUUGUGCCCGAUAUUGUGACAAUGGGCAAACCCAUUGGGAAUGGGCACCCAAUGUCCUGUGUCGUAACUACCAGAGAGGUGGCUGAAAGCUUCAUGUCAUCUGGAAUGGAGUACUUUAACACAUUUGGAGGGAAUCCAGUGUCGUGUGCUAUCGGAAUGGCCGUGCUUGAUGUAAUUGAGAAGGAGGAUCUCCAAGGCAAUGCCCUGCGUGUGGGAAAAUACCUGAUGGAGUUACUGGAGAAGCUGAAGGAGAAACACCCCUUAAUAGGAGACACCAGAGGCUGUGGUCUUUUUGUUGGAGUGGACCUGGUGAAAGACCGACUUAAAAGAACCCCUGCAACAGCUGAAGCCCAGGACGUCAUUUACAGACUGAAGGAUCAGAAAAUUUUAUUAAGUGCAGAUGGGCCACACCGCAAUGUUCUGAAGUUCAAACCCCCCAUGUGCUUCUCCAGAGAAGAUGCUGAUUUGGCAGUUGGAAAAAUUGAUCACAUUCUUACAGACCUCGAAAAGGCUUUGGGGCUCUGUAUAUCUGAUGCUCCAGAUCUUGAAAGUGUACCUAACAAGAGAAAGAACUCUUUUAAGGAAAUUGUGCAUGGAUUCCAGUCAAAUAGUGUCAGUAACAGCAAUACAAACACAAGGACUAACAAAAAACAAAGAACAUAAUUUACCUUCUACUUCUUUAAAAGUCAUACUGUAUAGGCUAUCUAUAGAUCAAGGUCAAAUUGUUUGUAUCCAUUUCCAUGUUUUAAAAGAGUUAUAAUGUACAUGAUAAUCCAAACAUUAUGUAAACACCAUGUAAAGUUAAGCAUUCCAUUACGUGGAAAUGAGGACAAUAUUUACUGUCUUGCUGGAGAUGGUUGCAAAAACAAAUAACUUUGCGAAAGUUUAACAAAUAUUCACACCAUGCUAGACUUCAGUACAAUUCACAUACACUAAAACUUGUAAUCUAAAUAUUUAAGUAUUGGAACAGAGGUAAUUCAUUGAUCUGUAGCAAGUAACAGCAAAGGACUGUAUUUCUGAAAACGAAAUCGUCAGCAAUUCAUUCAUUAUGAAAGGGCCUGCACACUGAUGUGUUUGGCAAGAAAUACGCUUGACAGGCAUGGAAACAUAAAUGUUUCGCCGUCACUUUCUAACACUGAACCGUGUCCCCAGUUUGCAAGCUUUUAAAAUGCACCAACAGCAAGGGAGUGCUCAAUCAGCAAGUUUUACCAGGACCUCGUAUAAUAAUGACAGAUUGUGAACCAUUGGCCAUUCUAACUGUAAUGGGGUGGAAAAGGCCCUAAAAUGGCCUGCACUGAGACUGUGUAGAAACACAAGAUCUCAGUUAGUUACAUUUUUGGCUAAAUUAUGAAUUGAUAAUGAAUGAUAAUGAAUUGACUGUUCUCUUCAUGGAAAAAAAUAUAUAUUUUAAUCUGCUGAAUAAAAAUAUAAUGAAAAUAAUUAUUUUAAAAACCUCUAAAUACAUUUCUAACAAAUAUGUAUUUGUACCAAAAUGUAUUCUUAACAAUUUGAUAGUACUGUCCCAUUUUAAAUUUUUUUUAUUCUUAAUCUCAAUUUAUUUCAUUAUCAUUUUAAAGCCUAAAUAGUUCAUUCAAUGUUCUUUGCAAAAAAAAAAAAAAAUCUAAUUAAUGCUUCAAUAGCAAUAGGUGCUACAGCUAUUUUGUUUCCAUUUUGUAAAGCAUUUAUCUUGCGCAAGAUAAAACAAAAACUGAGACAAUACAAUUAAAAAGUAACAAGUCAUCCCAAUGUGACAUAUGAGCAUGUUAAUGAAUAUUAUCAUUUGUCCCAUCUUUUGAACUUCAGUGACUUGAUGAUCUUACAGGGACACAUUAUUCGAAUGCACAUGCAGAUACGAAUUUACAGAGGCUGAAUUUGAACCAGCUGACCUUUAAAAGGCAAAGGAGCAGUUUUCCGACGUGUGUGUUCUUGGAAGUCUAUAUGAUAUUGCUUUGAGGUUAGUGGAGCGUUUAUACCGCCUGCUAUGGAGUGACAACGGCCCUCAUUUCAUCGAAACAAUUGUCGGUCAGAAACCAGUUAGUUAACUAUAUCAAGAUUUGGGCUUUGACGCCAUAUAACUCGUGUCUGUUGUGUUAGCCAGUUUAGACCGCGUUAGAAAUCUAUCUAAUGUCGUAGCUAUAUAUAUUUUUAUCUCUCCCAUCUGACAAUUGUCAAAUUAAGAUAAAACACUGAAGAAAAAUAUGAAUCUCACAAGCAGUGCACCGCUUAGUAAAAAAAAAACGCCAGCCCGCCUCAGUUGUUACACAGUAGCCUACUUUCUCAAAACGACGUUAAGUAACUGAAACAAACGUAAAAUGGGUUGUAACGAUGCAAUCCAUCUUGUCCGGCCUGCAACCACAACAAGCAAGGAAUUUCACUCUUCAAAAACCCUUUUUUCCAAAUUGUUUAGACAGAUGCACUCGUUUAGCUGCGUGGCCAACAAAUUUGUGCUAACCACACCCUAGAAGGCUUUGAAAAAAGUUAUGAUAAGACUUCAAAAACUUAAGUCUGGCUGCUUCUUACAUCUAAAACCAUGAGUCAUUAGUCAGUUUCUAGUCACAGGCUAAGAUAUUCCAAAAACGGGAUCUGGCUGGGUCACCAUUUGAAAACUGCAUCUAUAUUCCUUUUGAGGUCAUUUCCCCUCAUGCUCCUGUUGGAACUUUACAAGAAGAGAAAUCUGAGCGAUGGAGAAACAGAAGCAUAUUUUGUGACCACAGCUGCCACCUUUUCAUUCUCUAUAGCGGUACAAAUGGGAAGACACCAAGACACUUAGGCUCACUCCACAACUGCACUGGUUUCUCCUCCUUUUGCGCUGUCCAACAAAAGCACGUCUCCGGAGACCUUCCCGAGGUCUCUUCAGGUCUCCGGUCCAUCUACCCGCUUUGCUGCUAAGGAGAGCUCAGCUAUUGCUUGUUGACACUGUCCACCUCACUAUGAAUAAACCAAAAAUAAAAACUUAUA